GCGUUGCUCUUCUUCCUUGUCCAGCGCCCUGCCGAGAACUAUAAUAUUUCUUCCCCGAGAUGCUGCAGUGAAUUUUAGUCCCAGAAAAUCAGGCGAACAAAAUAAUCCGAAUAACCCGAACCAUUUGUUACCGUGUGAGCGCAAACGCUGCCUAGGCACAGAUGAUGGCAAAAAAUUCCCUGGAAGGGUCUAAAGAAGACCUGAGCAAAAUUUCGGAAGAGGAGAUGCUGAGGUGGAGCAAGGAAGAGCUGGUGAAGAGACUGAGGAAAGUGGAGAAUGAAAAGAUGAACUUAAUGGUGGAACACGGCAACUUAAUGAAGGACGUGAACCGGCGGCUGCAGCUCCACCUGCACGAGAUCCGCGGGCUGAAGGAGGUGAACCAGAAGUUGCAGGAUGACAACCAGGAGCUGAGGGAGCUCUGCUGCUUCUUGGACGACGACCGGCAGAAAGGCAAGAAGCUGUCGAGGGAAUGGCAGCGCUUCGGGAGGCACACGGCCAGCGUGAUGUGGAAGGAGGUGGGCAUGUACCAGCAGAAGCUGAAGGACCUGGAGGCGAGGCAGGAGACCCUCCUGCGGGAGAACGUGGAGCUGAAGGAGAUGGUGCUCAUGCUGGACGAGGAGCGGAGCGGGGCCGGCUCGCGGAGCUCCAUCGACAGCCAGGCCAGCCUGACCAACCUCAACGGCGGCUCGGCCACCCGGGACGUGGGGGACGGGAGCAGCACCUCCAGCACGGGCAGCGCGGGCAGCCCCGACCACCAUCACCACCACCUCCACCACCAGAAAGCCGGCGACAGCAAGGCCGGGGCCAUGCGGAGGUCUAUGGAUGACCUGUCCGCGCCCCUUCACCACCGGAGCAUCCCCAACGGCCUCAACGAUUCGUCUUCCAACUAUAUCAGGCAACUUGAAACAAAAGUGAAACUGCUGGAGGACGACAACAAGCUUCUUUCCCAGCAGUCCAGCACGGGGGACCUGAGGACUCUGAGGAAAGGGUUCUCCCCGUACCACUCUGAGUCACAGCUCUCGUCACUGCCGCAGUAUCAAGAUACCCUGCAAAAUGGACCAGCUCGCAUGACAUCUGAUCUUGCAUCUUCUCCUGCAGCAGGAUACGUCCCUGUUGGGCAGAAACCAGAGGCUGUUGUGCAUGCUAUGAAGGUCCUUGAGGUCCAUGAAAAUUUGGACAGGCAAAUGCAAGACAACUAUGAAGAAGACCUGAGUGAAAAGGAGAAGGCAAUUGUUCGUGAAAUGUGCAAUGUUGUCUGGCGAAAGCUGGGUGAUGCUGCGAGCUCCAAACCCUCCAUCAGGCAACAUCUUUCGGGAAACCAGUUCAAGGGUCCCUUGUAGGAACACCGUCCCGGAGGCUGGAAGUGAUUGAUUCUGUGAAGACUAAAGAUGCUGAGCUCAGCGUUUCUGGCUGCCUGUUCUUUGGGAGUUGGGGUUGAGUUU